AUGCCUGAUUCCUCGUCACUUGCGGGGCCAUCGACGCCUCCGCCCGAUUCGCCCUCCCGAAAUAGCCUGUACGUCGCGACGGCCAACGUCGAGGACCUCGCACGGUCUUUGCAUGGCUUCUCGCGCGCCUCGACGCCCGAGCCUGUGGAGGGCAUAGAUCCGGAGUAUACGAGGGCCUGGGUGGCUGUGAAGUCGAAAUUGGAGAGCAGGCUGGUGUUGAGUGCAGAGGUCGGGCAGGCACUAUUACAACGACACGAGGCAUUCGUGCGUAAAGUGCAGCGCGAACGCGAAAGCAAGCAUGAACCGAGCGUGGACGAAGUGUCGAUCGACGAGCUACAAGAGUUCGACGACGAGCCGCGCUCUCGCGCCGAGCUCGAGACGCGCGUGGCGGAUCUCGUACGCGAGAAUGCAGUUCUGGAACGCCGCGCGAACCAGGCUAUGAUCAACGCCGAAGUGGCCGAGUCCGCGAAUAAGGACCUUCAGGCCGAAGUGCAGGAGUUGCGCGGGACAGUUAGCAGGCUGAACACGGAACAUGCGAGAGCUGUGGGGUGGGAGAGCAAGUUGAGGGCUGUUGCGCUUGAACGGGACGAUAUGCGCCAGGAGAGGGAUGCGGAGGCUACCAGGGCCAGGGUCAAUGAGAGCAGGCUAGUGUCACUGGGUGACAAGAAUGCCGAGCUUCGUGCCCAGAUCCGCCAGUUGACGGACAGUGUCGAUGCACAAUAUCAGCAACGGCAGGAAUUGUCCGAAGUGAUCUUGCAUGAUGCGAAGUCGCGGCUAGCAAAGAUACAAGCUACGGUCCGACAAACGUCCUCUAUGGCGAACGAUCAGGAGGUCACUAGAAUACUGGAAUCGCUCGUUGAAGACAACGAAGGCUUAUUGCAGAGCAAUGCCGAGUUGCAAAGCAUGCUUGCCGAUGCUCGUGAAGAACUCCAUACGCUACACGAGGAAGCAGAGGAGUACCGUGCAGCAGCGAACUUCUCUCCGUACGGCGACGACACGAUACAUAGCCAUACCAACCGGCCUGGAUCGCGGAUGCACCGUACACUUGCCACGUCUUCUCGCAUGGCCUACGGCACUGCACCAGGCCCGAUCUCACCAUUAUCUUCCGCUUUCUCUAUACGCGGUCGGGGUCACAGAUCCAAACGCUCGAACAGUAUUGAGAUUCCUCAACGGGAGUACGACUUGUCGACGCCACCGAGGGGGUUGCGAUCAUUGUCACCAGACUCGGCGGAUGCGGGAGAUACGACGAUGAGAUCGAUGGGCGGCGCUGUGUCCGAGGACUACACCCUCGUCGGGGAUGCUCUUGAGCAGAAAGGCAGCGGCCUUUCGCGGACAUCACCCAAGAAGCGCAGGCCUUCGCCGCUUCGGAGACAACGUGGUGUACAGACGGACGACCUGCUCGGACCAGCACUAUCCACCUUCCAGCCCUUCAGCGACAUGUCUUCCUCCAUAUCGCCUCACGACGGCCUAUCGGAGUCCUCGUCCGUAGUUGACUCCAUGUCAACACUCAGUGCCCUCCUCGACCGUCUCCACCAACUCCUCGGGCGCAUGACCCAAGCCGACGCCCUAACCCUCACAACCCGUCUCAAGCGCCAAAACAUUGCUGGCGCGGAUGUCAGCUACAUCUCCCGCAGCACCGUCGAGUCCAUCGUCUCCGAAGUAGCGGGUCUACGCCUUGCCCUCCGGGGUGCACUCGAAGACGACAAGUUCGCCACAACAUGUACCCGCAAAGACCUACGCGCGCUCCUCAAACUCGCCCGCGACCUCUUCCGCGAACUCGGCACGCUCCGCGUGACACUUAACGAUCUAGUCCUGGACCCCUCCCUAGCGCCCAAAGUCCGCGACAUGGUGUUCAACCCCGAAAAGCCAGUAGACGCCGCAUCAGGCGCGGGCGCCUCCUCCAGCUGGAUCGCGCCCCUCACCAAACUUUUUGGCGGCUCCACCUCCGGCAUAGGCUCAACGCCCAACACCGAACCCCCGCGCUUCCUCUCUCCACUCGGACCUGGCUCGCGCCCCUCGCCCCAAUCGCGCCCUAGCGUGCCUAAAGCUGUAGCCGCGCCCAGCGCCAGCACUACAACGGUCAACGUGGAAUUCACAGGCUCAGGCGCCGGACGAGCGAUCACGGACUCCAAUCCUAAUACUGUCAAGAAUAAGAGCCGGAACGCACCGAGUACGGCGGCUGUGGCUGCGCCGGCGCCGAGACAGGCCAGCUCGAAUUUGAUGGGCAUUUUCGCUGGUGCGCCCAAACCGGCGGAGGCGGAUCCGUGGGUCGUUGUCAAAGCUGCUACGAAGUUACGGCCGAAGACGCCCGGGAGUGCCAGUGGGGCGUCGCCCAUGGCGCGUACGUCGAGUAAUCGGUCGAACGAGUCUGGGGCCCCAUCGAAGGCUCAUGCCGUGUCAAUGUCGAGGAAUGUAUCGGCCAUGAUCGAUGCGCCCGCGACGCCUGCCGAGAGUUCAGGAAGCGGGUUCGAUCCGAGGUUGUUGGAGCAGGCUAGGACUCUACGACCGAGAGGCCUGUCAGAUUCAUCCAUCCGUACGACGUUCCUUCAACACGGCGAGGCGUCGGCUGCAACCCAAGAGCCCGUCGCGGCACCUGCACCUGUAGCUGCGCCGCCGAGCAGACAGACCAUGUUCCAGACGCUCAGUCGACGAGUGUUUCGCUCGCCCGAGAACGAGGAGGAUGCUAGCUCUACGGCAUCUUCGGUACCGGGACACAGCAGACAACGGUCGGGGACGUUACCGCGCACGUUGGCGCCUAAUCUUGCGAGGCUGUUGCCCGAUCUUGCGUGGGGACCUGGUGGGGACGAGUUUGAGCCUACGCCUGUGGAUGCUGAGGCGUAUGUGGGGAGUUUCAGGCAGAGGGACCCGCUUGUCUGGGCGAGAGGUGGACGGACGAGGGAUAUGUGA